CGGAAUGCUGUCACUUAUGACCAGAUCCCUGAGACUAGCAACAGAACAGAUGUAGAACAGUAAACAACCGUACCGUAUUUACUUAGCGUAUUUAUUUAGCGUACCGUAUAUACAGAUACAGUAUAUACCUGUUACAGCGUUCUUGGAUCACCGUAGUCUGCCAUCAGUCAUUUAAUCAUUAUGUACCCCCACGAACUUGAGCGAAACCCAACGUACCGAUUGAACAUCAGUUUUCGCAUUCUGCAUUUUUCCAUUUUGAAUUGUGGCUGCCAUUUACCAAAUGCCUUUACUGCUCAAAACUGGUGCAAUCUGCAAGUGGAAUGCAGUUGACGUUGUGCGGCGCGAUGAUGCUGUACUGGAAUACGGCAUUGUCAUAAACACCGCGGAAAAUGGCUUGAUCAUCGACUUCGACUGUCCCGGCCGGCGCUCCGAAUUUGUAGGGUAUGACAAGAUCUUUGAAAGCCAAAAACGGAACGACUAUUACGACGAAUACGAAAGCUGCGGCCCAUUCUCGCUGUUGGAUGUCGCACUGCUGCGUUCUGAUCAAGCGUUCCAAGUCUUAGCGCGCGCAUCGACCAGUCAACCGUGGACGUGGCAUCCCGCUAAAUUCCUGUACUUUGACUAUCUGUUCCAGUCACGGUACGCCUUUGUCGAGGUACAGUGUGUCUCAGGCGUCUGCAGACAAUUGGUGAAUGCCUACUCAGUCCGUAUUGGACCGUCGGCAGAUGAUUUACACCAGCGCAGCAUUGGCGCUGAUCAUUUCCGGAUACAGUCGUAUUCGCUGCCGGAUACCAUCGAUGGCCGCUCGAAUCCACUUCCGUUGUGGAAACUUUGUCUGCACACUUUAUGCAGCUGGCCGUGCAAUAUUUAUCCGUUACAUCUGCUGCCUGCGACGUUGUUUGCCAUCAGUGGGCUGAAAUCAAAGAGCUUCAACUCGGAGGAGCUGGUACGCGAAUUAGUUUGCGCCAAAAAUGAUAUGGAAAGACGCAUUGCCAGCGGGUGGACUUUUAACGCAUCUAUCGGUGGCUGGAUUUCACCAAACGACCGUCACGCGAGCAAAACCGGCGAUCCUAACUCGACACCAAAUCCCGUUGAUCCCAAUGAGGCUUUGUCAGUGUUGCCGGUAGAAAUUCUGGAAAACCUUCUUCAGUAUGUGGACAGUUACGAACAAGUGAAGUACCGUCGUGUGAGUGCGCUGUGGAAUGCGGUAUUAACUCAGCCGUCGAACUUUCGAGAAAUUCGAGUAUCCUUUUUGUCAUCGCAUACCGAGGUCGUUUUCAAUGCGGGUACGCGUCGAAGUGUCAUGGUCGGCAGAACUCUUCAGCACUGCCUGAGCACAAUCACCCAGCGAAUCAUCAUAACCAACGCGUUCGAAGGGAACAUCUCUAACGAUAUAGCAGACUGCCUCGGGUUCCUAGCCGGUUUAUCCCAGAUGCAACGGCAGCCGCCGAAGAAACGGCUUACGGUCAUUUUCAAUAGGUUUGCAUGGGAAAUUCCGUGGAAUGUUAACGUGGCGCUAGAUUGGGUUGUCAAGACUUUUUCCUCCGCGGCACCGGUGAUUGAGAUUCUUCGUUUUACCAACAGCAAAUAUCUGAUGAUUUUGGGGUACCUAAAUGAAGAGCGGAGCUUCUCUGGUGUUCUCAAUUUAAAUCCCUCUUUUUCUGUCCUCGCACUAUGGGAUUUGUUGGAGACCAGUGUACCAGUCAUGGAUUCGAGCCUAACGGUUCUCUCUCAGUGGAUUCAGAAGACGACUGUUGACGGUAACCCUUGGAGUCGUAACGCUAUAAAAGAGAUAUUGACCACCUGCCAGAGCAAUGAUCCCCGGGAAGGUAUUCACUACAGGCUCACUGACUGGGAUGCCGAUGCUUUACGCCGCCUCGACAUAUGCAAGCUGACCAAACUAACACUCUACGCAUUGCACCGUUUAAUGAUUAGUUUCAGACAUGAGUCACUUGACGUUGCGGAAUUAGACGGUCGUAUCUACCACACGAAGGAGCUACAAGAUAAUGAUGUUAAUGGCAAAAGCAUCACAGUGCAUGCGAAUACUGUAAUUCGAAUUUCCGGCUGCCGUGGCGAAUUUAAGGCGGGACUCGAGGGGCCAUCCUUCCGUAACUCGGACGCCAAAAAAAUUCGCAAAAGAGGGGUGGAAUGCAGUAGACGUUGUGCGAGACGACGGUUUUGGCCUCGAAUACGGAACGGUCAUAAACAUUGCUCAAGAUGGCCUCAUUAUCGACUUCGACUGCCCCGGUCGACGUGCCCAUUUUGUGGAGUACGGGAAGGUCUUCGAAAGCCAGAGAUGGAACGGCUAUUACGACGAAGACGACGCGCCAGACCCAUAUUCGCCGGUGGAUAUUGCAUUGAAGUCCCUUAAAACGUUUAUUGAAGUGUUAGCGCGAACAUCGACCAGUCAGCCAUGGACUUGGUAUCCGGCUGUUUCUGUACUCUGACUAUCUGUUCCAGUCGAAAUACGUUUUCAUUGAGGUGCAGUGUGACUCAGUCGUCUGCAGAGAACUGGUGGAUCCUCAGGCAGUCCGCACUGCGCCGUCGCCAGACGAUUUAAACGAGCGCAUCAUUAGUGCGGGUCAUUUCAACGUACAAAGGUAUUCGCUGCCGGAAACCAUUGACAAUCAUUGCCUUUCGCUUCCUCUAUGGAAUCUUUGGAUGAACAAUCUCACCACGUGGCCGUGGAGUAUUUAUCCUUGCUACUUAAUACCUGGGGCGCUGGUAGCCUGGAGUGGGUUCAGAUCGAGGAGCUUCCAGAUGCACGAUCUGGUAGUCGCUUUGGAAAACGCAAGAGAAGAAAUGGAAAGCCGCUUUGCCCGCGGGUGGACUUUUGGCGAAUCUGGCUGGAUUUCACCCAAGGACGCCGACGGGCGCAAAACCGACGAAACCAACACGAAAUCCAAUCCCGACGAUUCAGAUGAGUUCUUGUCAGUGUUGCCGGUAGAAAUUCUUGAAAACAUUCUUCAAUAUGUGGACAGUUAUGAUCAAGUGAAAUACCGCCGUGUAUGCGCGCUGUGGAAUACGGUACUAACCCAGACGUCAAACUUUCGAGAACUUCGAGUCUCCUUUUUGCCAUCGUAUAUGAAUAGCGAUAUCUUUUUCAAUCCUGAUACACAUCGAAGUCUCAUGGUCGGCAGAACUCUUCAGUACUGCGUGAGCACAAUCACCGAACGAGUCAUCAUUACCAACGCGAUAGAAGGGAAAAGCUGUGACGAUAUGAAAGACUGUCUCGGGCUCAUAAGCGUUUUAUCCCAUCGGCAAGGGCAGCCGCCGGUGAACCGGUUUACGGUGUGUGAAGGCCGAUAGCUCCGCCUUCAUGAUUGGCCAUUCGCCAUUGUGUUUUGCUGUUCUGGGGAUUUCCAUCCCACACAUUGCUGCUGUUUUGACGGACCUACAGCACAGCUGCGCUGGCUGUAGGAUCCGAUCUCAUUAGUCUGGUUUUGCUGCGCCACGGUGCGCGAGUUAGAUUUCGGCAUUAAAGCCUCAAUCCGGGUUCGCCGCUGUUUCGCCGUCGAAGGUACGUGGGCGCCCAUAAGGCCCCACGUAACAGGUGAUCUUCAAUCGAUUGGCUUGGGAAAUUCCGUGUAAUGUAAACGUAAUGCUACAUUCGGUUGCCCAAGCUUGUUCGUCCGCGGCACCGGUGAUUGAGGUUCUGCGUUUUACGAAUUGCAAAUAUCUGAUGAUUUUGACGUACCUGUGCGAGGAGCAAACUUUUUCCGGUGUGCUCAGUUUAAAUGCCACUUUCUCCGACAUCGCACUAUGGGAUUUGAUGGAGGCCAGUUUACCAAUGAUGGGUCCCAGCCUAACGGUUCUCUCGGAAUGGAUUCAGGAGUCUGUUGACGAUGAGUCUGACAAGUGGAGUCGUGAGGCUAUAGUACAAGUACAAAUGUUGACCAUCUGCCAGAGUGAUGAUCCACGGGAAGAUGUUCACUACAAACUCACUAACUGGGAUGCCGAUGCUUUGCGCUGCCUGGACGUGUGCAAGCUGACUAAGCUAACACUCUACGCUUUGAACCGUUUAAUGAUUAAGGUCAAACAUGAGUCAAAUGACGCUGUCGAAGGAGCGGAGGAAAUCUGAUGGCCGUAUGGGACACCCGAGGGGCUAAACGUUACUGAUGUUAACGGUUAAAAGGCUCAUUCUGUACUCCGUGUUACUCGUACGUGUACAACUAUUGUACUUCGACUCCUUGGCCGUAAUAACUGCGCUAAUUUAUAAUUCUUUAGUAAAACGAACUGCUUCGG